AUCAACGCGCGGGAGCGGCGGAGGAUGCACGACCUGAACGAUGCCCUGGACGGGCUGCGCUCCGUCAUCCCCUACGCCCACAGCCCCUCGGUGCGGAAACUCUCCAAAAUCGCCACCCUGCUCCUGGCCAAGAACUACAUCCUCAUGCAGGCGCAGGCCCUGGAGGAGAUGCUGCGGGGGGGGGCCUACCUGAACCAGGGCCAGGCGCUGAGCACCCCGCUGCCCGCCACCCUCAACCCCUUC